CUUUUGGAAUAGGGAUUCUUUUACUGCUCGUAAUGUUUUACUCAUCAAGAACACAACCGCCGGACACGCAAACUGGACUGUCUUCACAAGAAUCAUAUAAAACUUUACAGACGUCUAACACGGAAGUGACGUUAUGGUCACAUGAUCUUAUUUCCUGGAAGCAGAAUACAACACUGUGUGAUCAUCCUAAGGUUGAUAGAUCCUCAGUUUUAAACACGCCCUCUGGAGCGGUCGGUAUUUCUGUAUACGACCCCAAAAAGGAUAUAUGGGUGUCAAAAAGAAUAGUGGAAACCGGUGAUUUUGACGGCCGCAAAAGACAACUAGUGUUCGAAUUAAUAAACAACGAUGAAAAGGAUGUUAACUUUAUAGAUAUUGGAUGUAAUGUAGGUGUGUAUUCGUUAACAAUGGCUAAGAUGGGAAGAAAGGUUCUGUGUAUUGAUGCUUUAUAUCUAAAUGUAAAACACGUGUGUGCCUCAAUAAUUCAAAAUAAUUUUCAAAAGUCUAUCACGAUAGUGAUGAAUGCUUUGUCAAAUAACAGGAAGUAUGUGGAAUUAGGAAUAGAUAGUAGAAACUAUGGCGGUACCUUUGUUGAUGAGGACGCUGAUUUUGUGAAGAGGAAGAAAGGAGGGACGGCCACAGGAGAGCAUUAUACAAGCAUUUCAUCUAUUGUUAUGGACGACUUAUUACUAUUACCAAGUAUUAAUAUGUUCAGAAAAUCUUUUAUCAAAAUGGAUAUAGAAGGGUUUGAAUGGAAGGCUCUUGAAAGAGCUUCUGCCUUUUUUAAAGCUAUUGACGUCCGGGGUGUUUUCAUUGAAUGGAUAUUCCAUCGAGGAAAAGAAUCAGGGGAAAAAAUAACAGAGUUUUUGAUUCAGCAUAAUUUAUAUCCUCAUGCUCAAGUCUCUCCGACGACUUAUCGACCUCUAGAUAUAACUAAAAAAGGGAAUUGGAAUUUCAUGGAUAUAUUGUGGCUUAAACGAUAGGGAAUUGGAAUUUCAUGGAUAUGUUGUGGCUUAAACGAUAGG